GGCCCCGUCCAGAGUCGCAACAGCGCAACGCUGCGCCAGCGGUGCACGGCGGCCGUCCUCGCCCCCGCCAGACUCCCCGUUGCCUUGCGUUGCAGAUGACGGGUCUGGACAUCGAGAAGGACCGCAUCAUCGAGAUGGCGUGUCUCAUCACCGACUCCGACCUGAACGUCUUGGCCGAGGGUCCCAAUCUAAUUAUAAAUCAGCCAGACGAGCUGUUGGAUGGCAUGUCCGAGUGGUGUAAAGAGCAUCACGGGAAGUCGGGCCUUACUAAGGCUGUGAAGGAAAGUACAAUUUCACUGCAGCAGGCAGAGUAUGAAUUUCUGUCCUUUGUACGACAGCAAACACCCCCUGGCCUCUGUCCUCUUGCAGGAAACUCUGUUCAUGCAGAUAAGAAAUUCCUUGACAAAUACAUGCCUCAAUUCAUGAGGCAUCUUCAUUAUAGGAUUAUUGAUGUGAGCACCGUCAAGGAACUUUGCAGACGCUGGUACCCAGAGGACUAUGAAUUUGCACCAAAGAAGGCAGCUUCUCACAGAGCCCUUGAUGACAUCAGGGAAAGCAUCAAAGAACUUCAGUUCUACAGAGAUAGCAUUUUCAAGAGGAAAACUGAUGAAAAGAAAAGAAAACUAAUAGAAAAUGGAGAAAGCGAUAAAGCUGCAAGCUGAUUUCUCAUCUUGCAAUGCCAUCCCAUAGAUGCAUCUCCUAGUGCUUUUCUGUUCGCCAUUCUUCUGGGAAACAGCCUCUUUCAGUUACCUUGUUUCUUAACAGUUGUCAAAACGGACAGAAGUCUGAACUGCUGCUGCUUUUCUGUUUGAGCUGUGAAUCUGUACAUUUAAGUCUCAGCAGCUCCUUUGUUUGUAUGUACCAGGUAAAUUCUGCUGUUUGAUACUUCUCUUUAUCUGGUUUUAGAUGCACUCUUUUGUUACCAAAUAAAACCAGUUCUGUUGAAAG